ACAUUUAAACAAGGGGACAUUUAAAAUUAUGAUAAAGCACUUGUUCAAGCGACAUAGCACUAUAAUAAAAAUAAUUUCCUUCCUUAUUUUGGCACACCACCCUUUACAUUGUUAUUCAUAUAUUAUAUAUAGACGUGAAUGUUAGUACAAGAACAGUUUGGAUUAAUAUUAAUAUCUAUAGAAGAGCCGAUCCAUUACUUUAUCAAAAAAUAGAUCUUAUCUAUUGUGCAAUAUUAUUGUAAAUGAUUGUAAAAAACGUUAUCACCAAUUUGAACUUUAAUAAUUGUUUUCAAUAUAAUAUUAGUUAGUAAUUCUAACAUUUUUAAAAUAUCGAAAUUUAAAAUGGAAGAAAUACAAAGUACAGCAGGAGCAAUCCCUGUCCGAAAUGAAAAAGGCGAAGUAUCAAUGCAAAAAGUAAAAGUGCAUCGCUAUAUUACUGGUAAGAGACCUCAAUAUGCUCCUCAAUCAACUUCAGAAGAAGAAUCAGAUGAUGAAGACUUCAUUGAACAACGUAAUGUUCGUGGUGGUUCUCCUAUGACAAAUUUUAAUGAUGAAAAAAUGGUUCAGCUACCAUCUAAUGCUCUUGAUGAUGCACGUCUUAGACGUUUAGGAGGAUUAACUUCUCGAAAAGGACAAAAAGAAAAACGACCACUUCAAGAGCCUGAAAUAAUAAAAGAUUCAUCAUCUGGUGAAGAAUCGGAUGUUGAGCAAAAUAGAAGACAUCGCCGUCAAGUAUCCGGUGAUGAAAAAGACAGUAAUGAUGAUGAUGGAGAUUUGAGUGAUAGUGAAAUAGAAAGAAGAAGGCAAAAACUUAGGCAAAGAGUUUUGAAUCAAACCAAAGCUAAAGAAAUGAAUGAAGUACUAGAAAAGGAAGAAGAAGGACAUGGUUCAGAUGAUGAUAGCAGUGAUGAAUCGUCCGAGUAUGAAGAAUAUUCUGCUUCUGAUGAAGAUGCAGGUCCUCGUCUUAAACCAAUUUUUGUCAGAAAAAGAGAUCGUGUAACAAUUAUACAAAAAGAAAAAGAAGAUAUAAAACAAAAGCAACUUGAGUAUGAACAAAAAAAAUUAGCUGAAGAACGCCGUAGAGCUACUUUAAGGAUGGUUGAAGAAGAAAUUCGUAAAGAACAAGCUUUAGUCAAAGCUAAUACUGCUCCUACUGAAGCAAGUCUAGAAGAUGUUAAUACUGAUGAUGAAAAUGAUGAAAAUGAAUAUGAGGCCUGGAAACUCAGAGAAUUAAAAAGAAUUAAGAGAGAUAGAGAAGAACAUGAUUUACGUGAAGCUGAAAAAGCAGAAAUUGAACGCCUUAGAAAUAUGACUGAAGAAGAAAGACGUUUAGAGUUGAGACUGAAUCCUAAAAAGGUUACAAAUAAAGCUGCUAAAGGAAAAUAUAAAUUUAUGCAGAAGUAUUAUCAUCGGGGUGCAUUUUACUUGGAUGAAGAAAAUGAAAUCCUCAAGAGGGAUUACUCAUCAGCAACGUUGGAAGAUCAUUUUGAUAAAACAAUUUUACCUAAAGUUAUGCAGGUUAAAAACUUUGGGCGCAGUGGUAGAACUAAGUAUACUCAUUUGGUUGAUCAAGAUACCACAAGUUUUGAUUCACCUUGGGUAUCAGAAACUUCACAAAAUCUAAAAUUCCAUACUAAUCAAGCUGGCGGUAUGAAACAAGUGUUUCAAAAACCUACCUUAAAAAAACAACGUUCAAAAUAAAAGCUCUUGAUUUUUUAGAUAAAAUGAAUGUACAUUGACUAAAUUUUAUAAUAAAUUUGAGAAUUAAAAAAAAAAUAAUAAU